AUGUUCACUGUCAUUUACGCAAAUCAAGCUCACCACAACGAACCAGACACUGAACAACUACCAUCAUCCUCACCACAAACCAGCACGGAAUUUCAGGAAGUUCCAAUCACAAAAGACGAAAGUCCUCACAAAUCCGAGAACUCCAUGAGCACCGCCUCUCUUACCGCCAUGAGCAACCCAUCAAUGGCCGAAGAAGACGUUUCCUGGGCGACCUUACAAGUUGUGGGUGACGACAGUAGUGAGAAUGAUGACGGCGAUUCGGAUGAUGAGGAUCUUGAUGUUCAGGAACUUUUGGAUAUGUACGAUACCAUCGAUACGAUUCAAGUUGGACGAGAAUUAGCCGAAACCCCCAGCAAAAUUAUCAAACGCCCCUCCUCUUACAAUCUAAAAGGAGAAGAAAAAGAAGUUCGAUUUUCCACAGUCCAAGUGCGUGAAUAUCCCAUUGUUCCUGGUGACAAUCCAAGUGGAGACUCCGGUCCGCCAAUCACCAUUGGUUGGAAACCCACCCGCGAAAUGGAAGUCUCGGUGGACCACAAUGAACAGUAUGGCUUGUAUGCCGACGAAAAGGCUCUCCAAAAUUCGGAUCAUUCCCGCAUCAAACGCAACGUCGAAGGCUUGCACUUGUCCCAUCUCAAGCGCAUGUGCAAGCUGCACCACUCGGGUUACUCCUCCAAGGAGAUUGGUGCAGCAACCAAGGCUGCUGACGAUGAGCGCCGGAAGCGCGAAGAAACUCUCAAGAGUCUCAAGAAUGAAAAACUAAACGAAUACAAGGAAACCAUCAAGCGUGCCUUUCGCAACGCGACCGUGGCCCGCAAGGCCAAAAAGGCAGAAAAGGAAUUUCUGAAACCGUAUAUUGAACGAUCAAGUAAGAAUCGUCACAGUAGUAUCGUCAACGAGUCGGGUGAACUGCCCAAUGCCAAGACGUAUGAGGAUGAUGGUGGUUUCUGGUACUACUAA